CACGUACUGGGUCCUUAGAAUCGUACGAUAUCAAUUGUUCGCGCAUGAAUAAUCCCUCCGGUCUGUUGAAUUGCAGUGAGCUCAUUUUAGUUCAGUUCUCUCUAAGUGGCCGUCGAGCUUGGUUGUGUUCAUCUUUUUCCAGUUGCCUAGUGUGCUGUGAUUCUCCACUAUGUCUCUACAGGAGCAAUUCGACAAAGCCGCCGUCAACGUGAAGAACCUAAAGGCGCUGCCCAGCAACGACGACCUUUUGGUGCUGUACGCUAACUUCAAACAGGCCACCGUUGGAGACGCAGACCCCGCCAACAGACCCGGCAUGUUGGACCUGAAGGGCAAGGCCAAGUUCGACGCGUGGUUGGCCAGGAAGGGCACCUCCAAGGAUGACGCGAUAAAGGCCUACAUCGCUAAGGUCGAAAGCCUUAUUGCUUCCAUCGGCCUUCAAUAAAUAACAUCUAGUGACAACCCUCCAUCUUACGAAUUACUUAGUUUGAAUUUAAAAAUGGAAUUGUUUUUUUUUUUAAUAACGUCUUUGAACGGACCGCAUAAAGCGCUAUUUCGCUUAUAAAACAGCAGUACAAAAACAAGAUUGAAUUCGUAAGGUGGAGUCUGAUUUACGACAAGUAUCACGACUGAAAGAAUGCCUCAAGUUUUACUAUAAUUUAUAAAUAACUUGUCGAUAAUUUUUUUUAAUGAGCGGAGCGUCUCAAAACGCCUAUAUGUCAGAUUUCUUCCAAUAGUUUUAAUAAUUUCUGGCCUAAUCACGCUUAUUAAACUACCGUCCGUCUCAUUAAAAAAUGUUGUAUUUAUUUUUGGAUAGGCACAAUUUUUAGGUUAAGUUUAAGAUCAUCACAAUUAAGUAUAACUUUGGCUAUACAAUUUAUACCUACGUGUGUUUAUCACAAGUAUUGGUGCUUUUUUAAACGUUUUGCAUUUGUUUUUGUUGUCAGUUUUAUAUUAUAAUAAAUCUAUUGGGAACUGAAA